AUGACUGAACGAGAAUUCUUUCAGAUUAGGCACUCAAAGGAGCUGCAGUUUCCCGCAUUGGUUUCGGCGUAUGACCAGGAGGACUACGUCGUAAUUAACUACACGAAGCUGGAUCCCAUACGCAACAAGAAGGUGGAGUACAGCCAAGUGUACAACAAAAGGCCCUUUGCGGCGGUGGGUAAGGCGAUUCCUGGUGAGGGCAUUACGUUGGUGCGCGACCUGGAUGGGCAAGUGGUUUUGGGUCUGUGUGUAUCGCGAGAAGACAUGUUAGGUGUGUAUGUGUACUCGGAGGGUUCAACAAGUACGGUGUUGGACGCUUUUGAGAUAAAGUACCAGGGUCUGCAUAAGGCUCCGAUCCUGGCCCACCAGCGGUUCUACAGUCCCUAUGCGGUGGUCAAGAACCGGCGACUGUACGUGGUUUAUUUAGCGGAGCCUAAGAGUGAUGACAGCGCGUCCUCUUUCCCGUGGGAAGCCGGUGUGGAGCCGGGGUACAACGUACAGCGUGUGUGCGACAUUCAACAAACCCUCCACCUUGGCGAGUGCAGCGAAAUCCUGACGCAUCCACAACCCUUCGUGCUCGACGUUGAGGAGCGUCGGAUCGCGCAAGUCCUCAAUGUAGAUACCGCCUGCGUCCAAGCCUGCGUCCUCAAUUCCGAUCCCACUGCCGCAGCCAACCGCCUUGAACCCUGCGCGAACAUGGAGGCUGCUACCGGGCACGCAGGAGACGCUCUGUUCCAGGAGAGAACGCCUGGAGGGAGCCCGAACGAGGGCACAGCGCCCGGAGGGAGCGGGCCUGCCGGCACUCUGGAAAGCCGAACCGCCCAGUCCAUCUGCCGACAGGAUACGCAAGACCAGGAAACACCACCCAUUGAACACCCCUCCACCGAGGAAACUGUCAUCGAAACCUUAAGUAAGGGCGAACCCGUCCAGGACGACGUCGACGGAACGGCACCCAACGACGUCGUGCACCGAAAUUCGGUGCCGCGGGAGGAGGUUCUAACCAAGGGGGAGCUGGGCAAGGGGGAACUGGCCAAGGGGGAAUUGGCCAAGGGGGCUCCUACAGCGCACGUGAACACGCACGAUGGCAGCAGCGGCAGCAGCAGUCCGGAUGGCGGACAAGAAAUCCGAUUGGAAAUUCGGCGGGCGGGAACUUGCACCGGCGAGGACCGGAGCGCCGAAGACUUCCCGGCUGAUGUCGACUGCGGAUAUUUGGACGUACUCGUGUCCUAUUUGCAUCCGAAGCAUGCCAAGCUGGGCAUCGUCCACCAUCCCGGCCGUGCCCUCCUGCACACAAUCGUCCGGUUUGACUUGAAUACCUGCGCUGCCUCGGGGGUGGCAGACGUACUCCGAGAUACCUUCUGCUACCGGGACUUCCUUCCCCUCGGCGGCCGGACCUCAAUCCUGUGCCAAGACCACCUAGGCUCUCCAGGCAGGCACCGGCUAUCCUCAAACUCCUCGUCUUCCACCGACCACGAAAGGACUUCCGACCACGAACGGACUUCCGAUCACGAACGGACUUCCGAUCACGAACGGGAAACGGAUAACGAGCGUCCUGAAACUGGGGAGUGUCCUGAGACUUACGAUCGGUCGGGCGAUAACGAUCGGUCGGGCGAUAACGAUCGAUCGGGACAUAAGGCAAACGACGUUUCCCCUGGAGCGGGUUCUGAGGAUGGAGCGAACCGUGAUGGCGGAGCGACCUAUGGUACCGGAGCGAAUCGUGGUUGCGGAGGCGGUGAGGUCAUGGAGUGCAUGGACGGUUCGUCUAAUGUCGUCGAGCUUCUUUGCCUAAGUUAUCCAGAUGCUGGAGAACACAGUAUUUGCUGCAAUCUCGUUGCCAUAUCUUUCGAGUUAGCUGUCAUUAUCACCCAUGUAGCCGGCAACCAAGGGGGGGACAACACUCCGGAUAACCGUACGUGCGACACAAAGAACAGCUGCAUGGAGCUGAUUGUAUCGGGGGUCCGACGGACAGAGUGCCCGGUGAAAAUUGGUGUUCCUUUGGACUACAAAAUGAACGGAGAAACCUUCAAUCGGUCACAACGCUUGGGCUACCUGCCAGUGCUGCAGGCGGGUACUACGGUGCCAGUGCUGGUUCGGUUCGACCAGCGAUUAGAGUUAGUGAGCCCGGAGUUAGCGAGCCAGCAAGGCGGAGUCAAGGAAAAGGCCGGAAGACCGGCCCCGACUGUUGCGGCCAAGACGCUGAAGGAUUUGCGUGCAAGAAGACUUUGGAUCGACCACAGUCAGGGCACCGUACUCAUCGACGGCCUCAAACACCCUGUCCAGACACCGAGCCAGUGCAACUACGUGGCUGCGUACCUAGAGAACGCGAUACCCAGCCGGUCUAUUUUUUUGUACAGAAGGAAAGGUCUCGGCAGCAAGCAAGUCAAGACUGUCAUGCUGCAGCUUCACGGCGGGCCCAACAGCAUGUCUAUAAUGUCAGAGCAGAGCGCUCUUCACAACUUCCUGUUCGCUUCCACUCCCAUUGACCUCAUUGUGUUCCCGAACUACCCCGGCAGUGUUGGCUACGGUGAUGAAUACACGAAGGCUCUAGCCGGACAUUGCGGGCAGCUCGACGUUCAGUGGUGCUUGCAGGCUUUGUCCUCGGCGCUGCAUGCGGAAUUCAAUGGACCCACUGAGUACUCGCUCAAGUCUGGCGUCGACAGCUGGCCCUGGAACCACGUCAACUGUAUUGCUUAUGGCGGAAGCCACGGUGGAUUCCUCGCCGCCCAUCUUGCAUGCUUGACACCGCCUAUAUUUAAGGCGGCCAUCCUUCUUAACCCCGUCACUGACGCCAGUAUGCACACCACAGAUAUUCCGGACUGGGCCACCUAUCAACUGACAGGCUUCAAAUAUAACAUUAACGAACUCACCCCUGACUGGCCUUCUAUCCGCGCACGACAGUAUGCACAAUCACCUAUUUCGAAAGUACAGAAUAUAUCCUGUCCUAUACUCAUGCUCCUCGGACAACAAGACAAGCGAGUUGACUGGAGACAAGGAAGGAACUUCUUCCUGCGUGUCCAGGAGAUCGAACAAAACGCCCAGGGCAAGAUACCGAAAUCAGCACCAAGAUCUAUGCCCAGUCGCUGCUUCAUCUACGGACAAAGCAACCACGGCCUCAGCGAGGCAAGCACCGUCUUUCAUAGAGAUAUAGAAUCCGCAAAAUUCAUAAACGAAGUCCUGGGGGCCAAUUUAUGA